AAGAAAAGAGAAAAAGUGCAAAGUGCACAAUGUUUCCUAUUUUUAUCUGGUGAAUCAUAGACCUGUUGUGGCUUACUAGGCAAAAUACUCGAUACCUAAAAUUGUCGUUAGUAUUUAGGUUGUCUUAAGUACUUUUUUGCUGGGAAAUCGCCUAAAGCUUAUACAGGCAAACAUGUCGAAAAUUGAGGAUGUUUUGUUUCAACUAAAGUUUACUACAAAACAGCUGGAAAGGUCGGCCAAAAAAUGUGAGAAAGACCAGAAAGUUCAGCAGUCAAAAGUUAAGAAGGCUAUAGAACAGAAGAACAUCGAGGGGGCCAGGAUAUAUGCAGAGAAUGUCAUCAGAAAGAAGAAUGAAGGCCUCAAUUUCCUUCGGAUGGCAUCUCGAGUUGAUGCUGUCUCCUCCAGAGUACAAUCAGCACUGAUGAUGAAGGAGCUGACGAAGAGCAUGGGCUCUGUGGUGAAAGGAAUGGACUCAGUUCUCAAGAGUAUGGAUUUGCAAAAGAUUGCCGGUGUCAUGGAAAAGUUUGAGAAGCAGUUUGAAGACCUUGACGUGCACACUCAGGUGAUGGAGGGCUCCAUGGGCCAGGCCACGACGCUGACCACCCCGGUGAACGAAGUAGACAAACUCAUCCAAGAAGUCGCCGAGGAAAACGGUCUGGAGAUGAUCUCCGAGCUGAACGAGGCUCCCAUUGCCACAGGAUCUCUCUCCGUCGCUGGGUCGUCAAGAACUGUCAAAGAUGAAGACCGGCUUGAUCAGAGGUUAAGGGCUCUUAGGGAGUAAGGUGGAUGGGGAGUGAUGGGGAAGGAAGGAAAUAAUUAGGGGGGGGGGUGGGGUGUAUCCUUAAGCUGCCUUGAUCAACACAAGAUCAUGCGUUGUCGAUCGACAUUAAUUAAAGUAAUAAUAACAAAGCAGUUUUAAUACUUACAGGCACAAAAGGAUCCUUUGCAUUUAUCCCAAAAGUAACCUGCCAAAUUAUUGUCAAACAGCUUGCUUGAAUUAAAGAUUUUACUGGUAUUAAACACACUGUGAAACUGUUCGAUUUGGC